GUAACCAAUCGAGAUGUUACAUAUAUUUUGAUGUAGAGUUGCAUCCGGAAUACAACUUAUAGUAUAAUUAAAUGUAAAAUUUUUUGAAAACUUGAAAUUCUAGUUCAUGGAAACGUUUUUCCAUUAAAAGUAGAAUACUUUUAAAUCUUAAAUUUUAGAAGAGUUUUCUGUUUGGUAACAACAGAUGUUAAUUGAAGCAAAAUGAUGACCUCUUUGAAUAUUUUAAAGCAAUCUACAGUUGUGCAUUUGUGUUUUGCUAUAUCAUAUUUUACAUCUGGCUUGAUACUGAAUUUCAUUCAGGCCAUAUUUUAUUUUGGCUUAAGGCCAUUUAAUAAAUCCUUGUACAGAAAAAUUAAUUAUUAUCUUUCAUACUCAUUUUACAGUCAAUUGGUUUUCAUGUCUGAAUGGUGGUCAGGAACAACAUUAUCAUUGUAUGUAAAAAAAGAUGAAUACAACAAAUACUAUGGGAAAGAACAUGGAUAUCUCAUUAUGAAUCACAGCUAUGAGAUAGACUGGCUGAUGGGUUGGCAGUUUUGUGAUGGAUUGGGAGUUUUAGGGAACUGUAAGGCCUAUGCGAAAAAAGCAAUACAAUAUAUGCCGCCUAUCGGUUGGAUGUGGAAAUUUUCAGAGUUCGUCUUCUUGGAGAGAUCCUUCGAAAAAGAUAAGGAAAUAAUAAAGACACAAAUAUCAGAACUUUGCGAUUACCCGGAUCCAGUAUGGCUACUAAUGACUCCGGAAGGGACACGGUACACGCCAACGAAGCACGAGGCAUCACUGAAGUUUGCUAAGGAAAAGAAUUUGCCGUUACUCAAGCAUCAUCUCACUCCACGCACUAGGGGUUUCACUACCAGCUUGCAAUACUUCAGAGGCAAAAUUCCCGCCAUUUAUAAUAUACAGCUGGCAUUUGAGAAGAACUGUAAGCCUCCACCGACGUUGCUAAGCCUGUUAUACGGCAAGCCGGUGCACGCGCAUCUAUAUAUUCAACGCAUACCAGUUGAAGAUGUUCCCGAAGACGAAGCCGAAGCAUCAAAGUGGCUGCACGAUUUGUUUGUCGUUAAGGAUAAGAUGCAGGAUUCGUUCUUAAACACGGGCGACUUUUUCACGGAAUCCGGGGUGGAAAGAAUAGAGAGUUUCCAUGUGCCACCUCGUGUGUACUCACUUAUCAAUACAUUAGGAUGGGCGAUCCUCACUCUUACACCGAUGCUUUACUAUUUGAUAGGCUUACUGUUUAGUGGGAGAUUGCUUCAUUUGACCAUCGGAGGCGCCAUACUUGCUGCAUUCUAUAUUCUGCUUCAAAAGUCCAUCGGCAUCACACAAAUCAGCCAAGGCUCUUCUUAUGGAACUGAAAAGAAGUAACUAUUAACUACUUAUUAACUAUUUACUUGCAAUUUUCUAAU